GUCUCAUCGCUUAUGCACCAGCAGUCCUAGGAGUGACUUGAAUCCAAGUUCGUUAUAAUUUCACAGUCUUUACCUCUCUUUGCUUCAAAAUGGAAGACGAUGUAGCUGCUCUGGUUGUUGACAAUGGCUCCGGUAUGUGCAAGGCCGGUUUCGCUGGAGACGAUGCUCCCCGAGCCGUUUUCCCCUCCAUUGUCGGCCGACCUCGCCAUCAAGGCGUUAUGGUCGGUAUGGGCCAGAAAGACUCCUAUGUAGGAGACGAGGCCCAGAGCAAGAGAGGUAUUCUCACUCUGAAAUACCCCAUCGAACACGGAAUCGUCACAAACUGGGAUGACAUGGAGAAGAUCUGGCAUCACACAUUCUACAACGAGCUUCGCGUUGCUCCCGAAGAGCACCCCGUUCUCCUGACAGAGGCUCCCCUCAACCCCAAAGCCAACAGAGAAAAGAUGACACAGAUCAUGUUUGAGACCUUCAACAGCCCCGCCAUGUAUGUCGCUAUCCAGGCCGUACUCUCCCUGUACGCUUCAGGUCGUACCACCGGUAUUGUGAUGGACUCUGGUGAUGGUGUCACCCACACCGUGCCCAUCUACGAGGGUUACGCUCUGCCCCACGCCAUCCUCCGUCUGGACUUGGCUGGACGUGAUCUGACUGACUACUUGAUGAAGAUCCUGACAGAGCGUGGCUACUCUUUUACCACCACCGCUGAGCGUGAGAUCGUCCGUGACAUCAAGGAGAAGUUGGCUUAUGUUGCUUUGGACUUCGAGCAGGAAAUGGCAACUGCCGCUGCUAGCUCCAGCCUUGAGAAGAGCUACGAGCUGCCUGAUGGACAGGUCAUCACCAUUGGCAACGAGCGUUUCAGGUGCCCCGAGGCGAUGUUCCAGCCCUCCUUCCUGGGUAUGGAAUCCGCUGGUAUCCAUGAGACCACCUACAACUCCAUCAUGAAGUGCGACGUCGACAUCCGUAAGGAUCUUUACGCCAACACUGUCUUGUCCGGUGGAUCUACCAUGUUCCCCGGUAUCGCUGACCGCAUGCAGAAGGAAAUCUCUGCCCUCGCUCCCCCAACCAUGAAGAUCAAGAUCAUCGCUCCACCAGAGAGGAAAUACUCCGUCUGGAUCGGAGGCUCCAUCCUCGCUUCCCUGUCCACCUUCCAACAGAUGUGGAUCUCCAAGCAGGAAUACGACGAGUCUGGUCCUUCCAUCGUCCACAGGAAGUGCUUCUAAAUUAAUUGCCCAAAGAUGAAAAUAUUUCUUUUAGACGCCCUAUCUUUUGGACAGAACUAUUUUGAAACACUUUAAUUUGGACUUGGACAAUUUGGAUUUCUGGAGUCACGGAGGAAACUGCAAGGCCUGGUCAUUAAGUCUGUGUAUAAGUUGUAUGAGUAUAUUUUGGUACCGUGAAUAUGGUGUACGUUUGUAAUAACAUAGGAAUGUUUCUCGAAAUAAAUACGGUUUCGUAGAA